AUGGUAUACGAUGACGUGGCAGAACAAGAGGAUGAUUCUAAUGGGAUACGACUCCUACCAUGGGACGCGCUGAUCCAUAAAACGGCUCGGGAGAAGAUGAUUCUGGUCGGAGAAGGUUCUAGAAGCCAGGGAACUGCUGCGGGCUUCCGAAGAGACCAUGUAUUCUCAAAAAUGGGACUUCAAGUUAAUGAGAUUGUCGGAAGAAGCUAUCCGAUGGCGUAUUCAUGGUUCGAUCCGGAGGAAAUGACUGUCAUCACAAAAUAUGAUGAUGUGCAAGCGUCACAGAUUUCGCCUGUCACCAGCGCCCGUUUGGAUCGCGAAAAACACGGAAUCGAACCUUUGGAUUUGAGCAUAAUUUCAGUAGAAGAAUCUGGAAAGAAAUUAUAA